AUGCAGUCAAUAACUUUCGUCGUCGCGUCAUUGGCGCUGCUGAGUUUAUCGGUUUGCGCACCAGUAGAGGAUGUAAUUCAGCACAUACCAAAGGCAGUCGCAAUACCGUCGUCUACAGAAAGAAAUGGUGCGUCCUCUGGUGCUGUGGUAAACGCUGGAUCUGAACCACUUCUAGCAGCAAGAGCUCGUAGAGAUCUUGGAGGCCAAGAGAGUGACCUAUUGCCUUCAGCCAAGGACAUCGACGCUUCCCCCUUCGGAGAGGUCUCGCAACUAGAUGGACGUGGUCGCAUUAAAGUCCUACCAGCUUAUCUGGGUUAA